CACGCCGGUGCCUGGUUCCUAUUGAAAGGGCUUAUGAAGUCAUUAUUUGCUUCGCUCUGCUUUCGGUUUUAGUUUUUUCUGCCCAAUAACUGUAGAGCAAAGUUAGUGACCAAAUAGAAGGCUCUCUAAGGCCUCUUUAGUGAUGCCACCCCAGGAAAGAAAUACGGCCUCAAGAAGCCACCGUUAGAAAAUGAGACUCGGCUGAGCUGAGUUGAAUGAGGAUAAAUGGAGGUAGGUUUGAGGCUAGGGAUCGCCGGGAGCACUUCAGGCUCCCUGGUAGGGGGCGGGGCCCCCACGGAGGCGAGUCCUCCGAAGAUCGGAUCGAGUGUUGACUCCGCGGCGCGUGCGCAAUACGAGCUUCCUUCCGCGCUGCUUUCUGCUCCAACAUGGAAUUCUGCUCCGCUCGGCGAGCGGUGCUGCAGCUGCUCGGCGCGGUAGCGCCGACCGACCGUCCAGCGCUGCUCCAGUGGAUGCGAACGACCCGUAAGCGACCAGGGCUAGAAGCAGGUGGUACGGGCAAGAAUAGUCUGUGGGCGCUGACCUUGGGGACGUAGGACGGGUGAGGCCAAAGACCUUCCAUGGGGUCGCUGUGCUAGUCUCUGCUCUACUGUGGGCAGGUUGACUGGAGCGCACGCUCAGUCUUUCGGCCUCUCAGAGUCCAUCUUAAGAUUGGGUGAAGAGCUGGCUCUGGGUUUAUGAUUUCGUUGGAGGCUUGGGACAAGUCUUAAGAGCUUUCUUGUGCCUAAUUCCGUUUCUGAAUAAGAGGAUAAUCCAUCUUCCCCAUUACUCCUCCCACAAAUUUGUGAGAAUGAGUGAGAUACUACCUGAAAAAGCACUUUGCAAGAGAGGGUUUAGGGUGUAGAGCUGGAGGCUUUUACUGUAGCUGGUGCGUUUUGUCGAUCGUAAAAUGGGCCAUCAGUUUAAUAGCAAUUUUUCUGGGAGGAGAAGCCUUUGAUUUUAAACCAUUAAAAUUUAAUAAUAGUAAUAAUAAGCACGAGUUAGAAUCGAAGAAAUGUGAUAAUUAGGCCUAGUUAUUGAUUAUUGGGAUAGACUUGGCAAAGUAAAGCCUGGUGAAAGCGCAAGAAAAUAGAAUAGUCUUUGUUAACUAUGCCAGAUCGUACUAUGUUCUACACCUCUAAACGUUGAUUCUCGUGAUUAUUUUCGUCCAGUCUUACGGCUUAAAAUGUCUGUUUGCUGAUGACUCCCAAUUUUAGAUUUCCAGCCCUGACUUUUUCUAGAACUCUCUUUUUGUGAUGUCAGGGUCUAUCAGUGGAGUUAGGUAUUAUUGUUAUCAUUAUUACUACCCAUUUUUAUUCUGAGGAGAGCACUCUAGAUAAGAUGCCAAACUACAAUUAACUUGGACAUGCAAUGUCAAGGUUUAUCCUGGAAAGUAUAGGACACCAGACACAAUAGCUUCUUGUUUAUAGACGCAUACAAGAUUACUUCAAGACAGGAAUUUUGAAAAAUUUGCUGAGUCUCUUAUCACUUCAUUUAAACCCUGUAUUACCAGUUUCAUUCAUCAUAUCCCAGUUCUUUAUAAGACAAUGCCAAUCCCAUUUCUGCAUUCUUAUGCCCAAGGUAAUUCAUUCCAAAAAUAUUGAGUGCCUGCAAAAAUGCCACAUACUGCCUGGCUCUGGCAGUUGUAAAAUUACCGAAACACCCCUGCUCUCAAGAAGCUCUUAGUUUUGUGGAGUAAUUUGUAAUCUAAAUCUCUAAUUUUAGAGGUAUUACUUGAGACUACAUUUUUCAAAAUCACAAAGACUUGAAAGCAUGUUUUAGGUGGUAAACAAGAGGACCCAGUAUCACUGGUUAAAUAAUACGUUUUUACUUUUUUUAAAGGCAGUUUUUUUGCAUCUCUCCAGCAGACCCUGUAGUCAGAGAUGGUCAAAAAAUUAAACAAUUUAGAAAAUAACUUGAGUUUCUGAAGAAUGUUUAUUAGCGUGACUAUUUUAAGAAAUGAGAGUACCAGAUGGCUUAAAAUGAAGAAGUGUGUUUUGUUACAAACUGUGUAACCAUGUAGUGUAAUUUACUAGUAUACCUGUUUAUGAAAAAAAAAAAGUUUAUGAAGUGGCUCUAAAUACAGCACAAAAGAUUCUUCCAUUCAACCAUUUUUCAUUUUCCUAAUUGAAUUUCCUUCUUCCAGAAAAAUGUUUGAUCUCUAACAUCAAGUUACUUGCAUAAUAUCUUGUAUAACAGUUGCAUAAACCAAAACCAAACAAACCCAUUGCUGUCAAAUUGGUUCUGACUCAUAGUGACCCUACAGGGCAGAAUAGAACUGCACCUUAGGGUUUCCAAGGAGCAGUUGGUAGAUUCAAACUGCCAGCCUUUUCUGGUUAUCAGCCAAACAUUUAACCACAGUGCCACCAGGGCUCCUGACAUUUGCUUAGACCUUUAAUUAUAACUCUCCUUGGGUAAUAGACAUUGAGUGUGACUGGUAAAAUCACUGAUUUUAAAUACACGAAAAGAAUAAUAAAAUUGUUCUGUAAAGGUAUAGUGAUUAGGCUGGUACAACCAGACAAGUGGACCAGGGCAGAGCCAAGCACAUGUCAAUGUGUGAUACAAACUGAAGAUCUGGAAGAAAUGAAGUCGAAAGCCUACAUUUCAUCUUGGUACAGCUUAAGCCAAAGGCCUAGGAAACAAAACGGACAAUAUAGGAAGGAUAAACAAGUCUGAGGGCCAAAGUAAGCAAAAAUAAGCCUCUCUCUCCCUCACACCCCCCAACCCCCAAAAAUAAAAAACACAGCAGUACCUCAGCGCACUAAUUAUUGAUCCUGUGGUGGAACAUCUGUUCUCUUCUAUUUCCUGUGUGUAUAAAGUGGGCUCUUGAUCUAGAUUUCAAAGGGUAGGAAAGUGACUGUGAUCUAUUAAGUGAAGGGAGAUGAGAGCCAGAACUCCAAAUGGAGUCCCCAAUAGACAUAUUUAAAACACACACACACACAGGAGCAGAAAUAUUAACAAACGUUGAAUUAGUCCUGAAUAUGUAAAUACAAAUGAGGAAGUACAACCAAUAGCCUGUAACGGUGUCUAUUAAGGACCAAGUUACAGAGGAUAGGAAAUUAGGGUUUGCUAUAAGAAAAUUGGAAACCCUGGUGGUGUAGUGGUGAAGAGUUUGGCUGCUAACCAAAAUGUCAGUAGUUCAAAUCCAGGAGGUACUCCUUGGAAACCUUAUGGGACAGUUCUACUCUGUCCUAUAGGGUCACUAUGAGUCAGAAUCAACUCGACAGCAACAGAUUUGGUUUUUGACUACAAGGAAAUUAACAAACUCAUCAAGAAAAUAAUUUAAAUACUUAAAGAAGAUAAUAACGGUAGGUGACUAGAAGCUUCUCUGCAUCCUGUAUUUUAGAUACAUCUUCAGUGAGCAGAAUUAGACAUGGAGUUGAGCAGCAGCUCAGAGCUGUUACAGGUUCUUCCUAGUACCUACAAAUAUAAAAAGCAAAGUCUGGGAUCUAGUUACAUUUGUCAGGCAGCAUACUGCUUCAGUUCUCUAUUGUACUACCAUCGAGUAGAUACUAGUAUAACAUAACUUAAAUGUAACCAGAAUGCUUUUUAGAAGUGAGGAUUAUUAAGACUUCAGCUCAUUUACUUUGGACACAUCAUCAGGAAAGCCCAAUCACUAGAAACAGACAUCAUCUUUGGUAAAGCAGAGGGUCAGUGAAAAAGAGAGAAACUCUCACUGAGAUGGAUUGGCACAGUAGCCACCACAGUGGGCUCAAUCAUAUCAGAGGUCAUAAAGAUAGCACAGGACCAGGCAACAAUUCCUUCUGUUAUACAUAAGGUCGCUGUGAGUUGGAGCCUACUCGACAGCAUCUAACAACAAGUAAAUGGAGAGAUGAACCUUGUUCAUGGGUCAGAAGAAUCAAUACUGUUAAGAUACCAGUUCUCCCCAGGUUGCUAUAUAGAUUCAACACAAUCCCUAUCAAAAUCUCAACACAGUUUUUUUUAGGAACUCAAGCUGAAUUCUGAAAUUCAUGUGAAAACACAAUAGACCUAGAAGAGCCAAAGUUUUUUGGAAAAAGAAGUUGGAGGGCUAAGGUGACCCAAUUUCAAGAAUUAAAUCAACAUGGUAAUAUCGUGAAGAUAGAAAAGUAGAUCAGUGGAGCAUAGAAAGUCCAAAAAUAAACUCACACAUAUGUGGAUUUUUUUUUUUAUCCCUACCUUCUUUUUUUUAUUGCCAAGUUGGUCUUUAUUAAAAUUAUAAACAUUUCCUGUGUUAAAGAUGUUAAUAAAGCUCAAAAGGCAAGCUACAAAAUGGGAGAAAAUAUUUUGUAAACACAUAUCUGAUAGAGGCCUGACAUAAAAUACUCAAAGAAUUCUUUUUUUUUAAUUCUAAAAUUUAUACAUAAAUUGUUUCGUGACAUUGGUUCCAAUCCCUUCAGUGUGUCUGCACUCUCUCCCUUUCCCCUUCUACCCCAGGUUCCUGUGUCCAUUUGUCCAAUUUUCCUGUCCUUUCCUGCCUUCUCAUCUUUGCUUCUGGACAGGUGUAGCCCAUUUUGUCUUGUAUACUUGAUUGAACUAAGAAGCAUGUUCCUCACGUGUGUUACUGUUCUAUAGGUUUAUCUAAUCUUCAGUUGAAAAGUAAGCUUCAGGAGUGGCUUCAGUUCUGAAUUAGCAGGGAGCCCAGGGGCCAUAGUCUCGGUGGUUCCUCCAGUCUCUGUCAGACCAGAAAGUCUGGUCUUUUUUUUGUGAAUUAGAAUUUUGUUCUACAUUUUUCUCCCUCUCUGUCCAGAACCCUUUAUUGUAACCCCUGUCAGAGUGGUGGUAGCCAGGCAUCAUCUGGUUCUUCUGGGCCGUAGAGGCUGUGGUUCAUGUGGUCCAUUAGUCCUUUGAACUAGUAUUUUCCUUGUGUCUUUGAUUUUCUUCAUUCUCCUUUGCUUCAGAUGGGAUGGGACCAAUAGAUGUACCUUAGCACUCAAAAGCUUUUAAGACCCCAGACACUACUCACCAAAGUGGGAUGUAGAACAUUUUCUUUGUGAUCUAUGUUAUACCAUUUGACCUAGAUACUCCCUGAGACCAUGGUCUCUAGCCCUCAGCCCCAGUAACUCAGUCCCUCAAGGUGUUUGGAUGUGUCUAGGAAACUUCUAUGACUUUGCCUUGGUUAAGUUGUGCUGACUUCCCGUAUAUUGUGUUGUCUUUCCCUUCAUCAAAGUUAGCACUUGUCUACUGUCUAGCUAGUGAUUUCCCCUCCCCACACCUCUCCUCCCUUGUAACCAACAAAGAUUGUUUUUUUUCUGUGUGUAAACCUUUUCUUGGGUUUUUAUAAUAGUGGUCUCACACAGUAUUUGUCCUUUUGUGGUUAAUUUAUCUCACUCAGCAUAAUGCCCUCCAGAUUAAUCCAUGUUGUGAGAUGUUUCGAGGAUUCAUCGUUGUUCUUUAUCGUUGAGUAAUAGUCCAUUGUGUGUACAUACCAUUAUUUCUUUAUAUUCACUGUUGAUGGGCACUUUGGUUGUUUCCAUCUUUUUGCUAUCGUGAACAGUGCUGCAAUGAACAUGGGUCUACAUCUGUCUAUUCAUGUGACAGCUCUUUUUUCUCUAGGAUAUAUUCCUAGAAGUGGGCUUGGUGGAUCGUAUGAUAUUUCUAUUUCUAGCUUUUUAAGGAGGUGCCAUAUCGUUUUCCAUAGUGGUUGUACCGUUUUACAUUCCCACCAUCGUUGCACAAGAGUUCCAGUCUCCCUGUGAUCUCACCAACAUUUGUUAAUGUUUUUUUGAUUAGUCCCAGUAAUCUUGGGGUAAGAUGGUAUCUCAUGGUAGUUUUGAUUUGUCUUUCUCUAAUGGCUUAUGAUUGUGAGCAUUUCCUCGCGUCUGUUAGCCACCUGAAUGUUUUCAUUGGUGAAAUGUCUGUUCAUACCCUUUGCCCAUUUUUUAAUUGGAUUUUUUGUCUUUUUGUUAUUGAGGUGUUGAAGUAUUCUGUAGAUUUUAGAGAUUAGACCCUUGUCAAACUACAGGGCAGAGCAGAACUGCCUCAUAGCCAAGAUUUUUUUUUCCCAGUCUGUAGGUUCCCUUUUUACUCUUUUGAUGAGCACAAGUGUUUAAUUUUUAGGAGCUCCCAGUUAUCUACUUUCAUUUCUGGUGUUUGUGCAUUGUUAGUUACGGUUUUUAUUGUAUUUAUGCCAUGUACUAGGGUCCCUACUGUUGUUACUGUUUUUUCUUCCAUGAUCUUUAUCAUUUUAUGUUUUAUAUUUAGGUCUUUGAUCCAUUUUGCGUUAGUUUUUGUGUAUGGUGUGAGAUAUGGGUCAUAUAUGGGUUUUUGAAAAAGUCCGAAGACAAUGUGGUAGAGAAAGGAUGUCCUUUUCAACAAAUGGUACUGGAACAAUUUGGCCAGAGAGAACGGGAUUUUCCUGGAGUUUUUUGUUUUUAUUUUUUUCUAUGCCUGUUGGUCCCAGGUCUCUGGUACCCAUUCCAGAAUAUCUGGGAGAAAGAACGGAAACCCAAGGAACUCAUCACAGUGUCCUUCAUCAAGACCUGAGCCCCCAGCCAGAUCACCUUCUUACCUGCUUUCAGAAUCCUUCUAUAAUUGCUUAUUGAAUUAUUUCCAGGGUAUUUAGUUGUAUUUAAAGGAGAAGAACAGGGAAGAAUGAGGGAAGCUGCCAUUUUAUCUAGGACCAGAAACUGCCUCAAUAAAUUUUUUAUUUGAAUAGGGACUUCAGAAUAAUAUAUGAUGUGAGUGAAUUAUGCAUUAUAAGUCAUUAGAGGUGAGGAUAUGGGUGAAUGAGGACUAGAGGUGUGGAGUUAGACUCCAUGGAGAUGGUGUAACUUGGACAGGGCCUUAUUGCAGAAAGCAAGGUCAUGCAAUUGAAAGGAAUGAUAUGAACAGGAAGGAUUGUGGAAAACAACUAAAGACAUUUGCCUGACUAGAGCAAAAAUUAUGUUAGGGAGUAAUGGGAAUAGAAAAUAGGAUGGUUAAACUCGAUGGCACUGGGUUUUUUUUUGUUUUUUUUUUUAACUUCUGUUAAUAUCCUGGAAAGCCUUAAAAGUCUGGAGUAAGAGUUAAUAUAUUGGAAAACAAGAAGCCAUCCAAAAAUUUUAAAGAGGGGGAGUGAUAUGAAAAUGAGAUUUAAGCAAGACUAUUUUAAAAUAGGUAUGUAAAGUAUUUUAUAAAGGGGAGAAACUGACAUCAAAGAGCUAGUUAUAAAUUUGUAAUAGUAUUCUAAGUGUGAAGUCACGACUAUGGCUAUGAUUGAAGAGGAAAUGGGAUUAAAAGAAGAACAUGGUGGGACUUGGUACCUGUCUAGAUACAUAAAAAGUAGAAUUUGCUUCAUAGGCUGUAAGCUUGGUAACCUUUCUUUUCCCAUAUGCUUAAUUAAGCAGGAAAUUUUUUAAGAAUUAAUUCUGCCGUUUAGAAAAGCUCUUCUUUCUCCACGCCCUUCCCACCUACAUAUGUAAUUUGAGAAAAGCUUUACUGUCUCUAGGCAGCCAAUUAGCACCUUUCUUUAAUCUUUCUGCAAGCAACAUAACUGUUACCACACAUUCUGAAAUAGUUAUUAUGCAUGUUAAAAGAUGCUCAGCCUCACUAGUAAUGGAAGAAAUCCAAAUUAAAACAACAAAGGUUUUUGUUUGUUUGUUUUAAUUAUUCGAUGCUUUAAGGGCUUGAUGAGAUGUAUUCUUAUUCAUUUCUGUUAGAGUAAAUUGAUACAGCCUUUCAGGAAAGAAAUUCAACAAGAUGUUGCAAAAGGCUUUAAAUGUUUAAGUUGUUCCCUUUCUAGGAAUGUAUACUAAGGAAAUGAUCUGAAAUGCAAAGAUGAUGUAUACCAAAAUGUUAGAUUCAGUGCCUCCAAUAUUUCACAAUUAUAUCUUUAUCUGUCAACAGUAGGAGUGAGUGGUAAAAGAAGGACUAUACAUAUGCUGGAAUAGUACACAGUUUUUAAAAAUAAUCUUUCAAGAAUUUUAAUGACAUAAGAGUAAAUGUUUAUGAUAUAAUGUUAAGUGAAUUGCAGUUUUACAUACUUCAGUAACAUCCACGUCAUGCCUUUCUAAUGUGUUUUUAUAGCCAUUAUUAGAGCAAAAUACUCUUGCAUCCUUUUCAGAAGUUACUUGCCAACCACUACAGAUAAUAAAACCAAUUUUAGCCUUCUUGAGCUAAAAAUUUCCCCCUUGAAGUCUGAAAGUGCUCCUUAACAAUUAUGAAUCAGACAUUUAGAUAAGAAGUAACUUGGAAUAGAAUAAACACAUUUAGGGAGAACAUUUAUAUAAGUUGUAUCUUAGUAAAAUUAUUAAAUCGGACAUAUUUUCAUUUUGAUUCAUGAAAUUGACAUUUUAAAAAUACAGUUUGGAAAAUGAGUUCACCAAACUUAACCACACUGAUCCUCAAACGGUAGUUAACAUCUAUUGAAUGCUUUCUAUGGCUGAUUACUGUUCUAAGGCAAUAUGCUAAACAUAUAUAUUAACUCCUUUAAUCCUCAAAACAAUCCCUUGAGAUGGCUAUUACUAUUAUUCCCACUUUAUAAAUGAGACCACUGAGGCUCAGAAAGUUAAGCAACUUGCCUAGGUAAUAAGUGUUGGACCAACGACUCUAAUUCAGGCCAUUCUUUUAACUGUUAUUCAGAGUUUGUCCCUGAGAUACAAUUCCAAAGGAUAGGAGUAAGGUCAGCUGAAUAAGCGAGGGUGGUUUCAACCAAGAGUCAAAAAUUGUAAGUAGAGCCCAAAUGAGAGGAACAGUUUUGGAUGAGUGAUUCCUAACUUUCAUCUCAUCAGCCUUAAGCAGUGUUUGAUAGUAUGGCCUUAGGAGCCAGAAAUGGGGAAAAUAAUAGUACACCUCACAGAGAUGUUGUGAAGACUGAAAGUGAAUGCAUGUAGAGCUUGUAGCAGAGUGCCUUGCAUAUAGUACUCAAUAAAUAUUAGCUAUUAUUAAAGAUUUCUUAAGAACUUUUUCCUAGAAAAAUAUGCAUAUUUAUAUGUACACAGAAGCAUACAACUUUGGGCCUCUUGUGACCACGUAAAACCAAGUGUGGAUCCUCUUAAGUAGCGCCAUGGUGAAGAAACCCUCCUGUAACUGAAGAAAUACUCUUUUAUUCGUGAAUGUGGUUGAAUCAGAGUUUGUUGUCUAGGGUAAGGGAUGCCAAUUCUCAUUUUUACCUGGUAUCCUUGGUAUUGAGGUAAAACAAGUGCAGUCUUCAUUUAACUCUGCUUUUUUUUAUUGACUGAGUAAUAACAAUUUCAUAGUAUCUCCGGCCUUCUUGACCGGUGAUGCUUACAUUAGUUGGGGGAUUGAUUUCCCAAAUAAACAGAAUUUGCAGCCAUUCUCAUUUUUUAUUUCUCCAGCUCCCUAGAUCUUCACAUAUUAUUGUUUUAAGACAUUUGGGCUUCCACUGCCACCACAACCCCUUCCCAACUCUGUCAAUAACCCAGUAGCAGUAGUGAUCAGAGCCUGAAGACGCUACAAAAUAGUAGCAGAAGAGAAUAAACCCCAGUGCCAUUGAGUCAGUUUCAACUCAUAGCAACCCUAUAGGACAGAGUAGAACUGCCCCAUAGAGUUUCCAAGGAGCACCUGGUGGAUUUGAACUGCUGACCUAUUGGUUAGCAGCCAUAGUUCUUAACCACUACACCACCAGGGCUUCCCAGAAGAAAAUAAGCUAAGGUUAUCAUGGAUUAGAGAACUAGAUUGCCAAACUGUGUUCAGUUCCAGGGCCACAUUUAAGUGGGCUGUCCAGAAGCAAGUCCAGAAGACAGUGACAAAGGUGGCAAAGGAUGUGGCUACCAUAUCAUGAGAAGAACCACGGUCAGAGCUAGGGAGAGAGAAGACUAAGGUAGAGGAGAUUUUGAUGAAUUCACUCAAGAUAAUAAUGAUAUUAUGUUGAAAAGCAUAGCAGAAGACCUUCGGAACUGCUUGCCUCUAGAAACCAUGCUUUCCUCAGAACAUCUCGCCCUUCAAAAAAUACAGCAGCAGCCAGAACCCACAGUUCACGUUGAUGCAUUCCUUUACGAUGAAGACUUUAUUGAUUCAUUAUGUGAAGAAGGAAAAAUGAGCAGAAACUACUGCAUGGUGUGUGGCUCACACCAGACGGCACCUUUAGGAUUUAUUUCUCAUUCUUUCUCCCUCAUGGAAUUGAAGUUCAUUUAUCAUCAUGUACUCCCUGAUCUGUCGGGAAAGGUCUUGGUUGACGUUGGCUCCAGGCUUGGCACAGUCCUUUAUGGGGGUUAUCUUUACAGUUCAGCAUUGCAACUGUAUGGAGUAGAAAUGAAUGAAGACUUUUGCCAGUUGCAGGAAAUGGUCAUAAAAAAAUACCAGUUCACUGACAGAGUAAAGGUGCUUCAUGCAGACAUCUGUACCCAGGGUUCACUUCUGCAAAAUGCUGAUGUUGUUAUAAUGAAUAAUGUCUUUGAAUAUUUUCUUAAUGAGGCAGAACAGACCAGAGCCUGGGAAUGUAUCAGCCAUAACGUAAGGAAACAAGGAUCAUUAUUAGUAACAGUGCCAAGUCUUGAAGAGUCUCUCUCUGGUCUUCAGACUAAUAUACAGUUAUCCCCUUGGGUUGAAGAGGUACCUCUGAACUAUGAUGUAUACCCAGAAAAUGAUAUUGACAGAGAAGCUCUUCAACAAAUACAUUUAUAUAAGAUUCUAUAGCACUAAAAGACUCCUGCCUCGGUGUAAUGUUUUGUUGAGUAUAUUACAAAAUAAUGGGGAAAAAAAAAAUAACCCCAGUAUCCUAACACAUAUUUUUUCCA